UUCUUCUCUAACUUGUUCACUCCACAAUUCCAAUCUUACCCUAAUCACUUCGCUACUCGUACAUCUCUUCCACUCCGUCCUGCAAUAAUUAAAAACUUAUCAACAGUUUUUAAGAGGAUAGAAUCAACAAGAAAACAAGACAAGACAUUCGCUUACACAGCCGAAAGACAAGCACUUAUCACGCAUAGUAUAUUACAGUAUAGUAAAUUAUAUUAUAAUAUACAGUGAAGACAAACAGUUUACAUACAUAUAUAUAUAUAUAUAUAUAUAUAUAUAUACAUAUUCUCUGAAAAACAAACCGUUUUAUUUAUAUACGAACAUAUAUGCAUACACACUGACGGCAAACAUAAAAAAAUAGCUGUAUACAAACGUUCGGUGCAAAACUUACAAUUUACACACGUUCGAAGAAAACUAUAAUAUUCAUACGUUCCGUCGGUGUAUACAAACUGUAUACAUAAGUUCCAUCUGCGAAAGCAAACUAUACAUUUAUGUACAACGUAUGUGCAUACUCUUAGUAGGUGAAAACCAAAUUAUACUUUAUUAACUGUUUAUACAUUCGCUGAAAACGAACUCUGUAACUUUUUUUUCCUUCUCCGCCUUUCUUUCUCUCUGAACUCUGCAAAAGCACACUCCUGCCUGCCUACACGUCCGGUGGAAACGAUAUAAAGGCGAACGUAACCUCAGCAGGUUCGUUAUAUUGUUGGAGCUUUUUCCAGUACGGCCCUAUAUAUGUACAACACGACUGUGUCACCCGCCAACCAUCAGCGCGUGGUAGCUGGUGUUGACCACUCAUCAUCGCCAGCGCCCAAUAUCGCCUUUAUCGCUAGCAUUGUCAGCAGCAGCGCAGCCGCCGCACAGACCAGCAUGGAACCGCUGGUCGAAAAUUCACAGAUGCAGUCUACCUUUCCCACACCACCCGAUCUCACCACACUCAUUAUUUUCCUGGGUACGCUCGGCCUGCUGUUAAGCGUGUGGAAACAGCGACUGGAAGGUUUGCCUCCGGGACCGCCCCGCAUACCGAUUGUUGGUAGCACUGUGCUGUUCUCCAGCUCCGACCUGGCCGAGGUGCUGGCUCAGUUACGCAAACGUUACGGUGACAUCUUCAGCCUGCACGUGGGCAACAAGAUGCUCAUCUUUCUAAACGGCUACAAUAAUUUCAAAGAGGCCUUUAUCACCAACCCGGAUCUUUUUACGAACAAGGCAAGCACUUUUAUAACCGAGAAACUUGGCCAAGGAAAAGGUAUUGUAUGUACGAAUGGCCUGACUUGGCGAGAACAACGGAAGUUGACGCUGCGGGUGCUCAAAGAUCUUGGUCUCGGUCAGCACAGCAUGGAGGAUCGAAUGCACGAGGAAGUGACAGCUUUUGUCAAGGCGCUGGAUAGCAACGUGAAUACGCCGUUCGAUGCUCAUGAUUUGGUGCAGACAGCGGUGGCCAACGUGAUUUGUUCACUUAUGUUCGGUCGCAGGUUCGAUUACGACAACCCACAGUUUAAGAAAUACGUCCACGGUAUCGAUGAGAACUUCAAGAACAUUGGUCUGAGCGCCAUCGUUAACUUUUUCCCCAUGCUGGAACAUUUGCCCGGCGAUCCGUUCAAAUUCAAAAAGAUUUUCAAGAACAUUGAAAACAUGGAGGAAUUCCUGUCGACUGCCGUCACCGACCACAUGAGAGAAUACGAAGAAACAAACAUCAAAGACUUCAUCGAUGCUUACAUCAAAGAGAUGAAACAGAGAGAAAAAACGGAUCCCGAUACAUCACUAAAUGAAGAACAGCUGUGUAAAGUAAUUGGUGACCUUCUAAUAGCUGGCACAGAGACCACCACAUCAACGAUCUUGUGGGCCCUUGUCUAUAUGUUGCACUAUCCUGAUGUCCAGAAACGGAUUCAAGCAGAAAUUGACGAAAAUGUAGAACACGAUCGUCUGCCUUCACUCAACGACAGGUCUCGUCUACCAUAUCUUGAUGCAUCUGUAAUGGAAAUUCAGCGACGAGGCAACGUUGUCCAGCUGUUACUUGGACGGCAGACACCAAAAGACAUUACAUUUGGUGGAUACACGAUUCCAAAAGAGGCCAUUAUCAUCCCCAAUCUUGGUUCAGUAAUGACAGACAAAGAAAUCUGGGGUGAUCCAGAAAAUUUCCGACCUGAACGAUUUUUAUCAGAAACAAAGGGCAAAAACGAAACGCCAUCAGCCUUUAUACCAUUUUUUGUGGGUAAACGAAGCUGUCUCGGAGAACCACUGGCCAAAUCAGAGUUGUUCCUUUUCCUGUCUGGAAUGUUGCAACAGUUUACUUUCACAUGUGCAGCUGGUGAUGAGUUACCACCUCUGAAAGGGGUGUUUGGCAUCACCAACAUGCCUCAUCCAUUUAGAAUACAAAUCAACCGAAGACAAAGAUAAUGCAUGCAUCACAAUGAUGGCAAUGAUGAUGACUGAAGGAAGAAUGAGACAAAAGGAGGUGGUGAAAAAAGCAAAAAACAAAGAAGAGGAGCCAACACAAAAAGCUCAAGACUAUAAACAAAAUUGUAUAGUCACAAUACAAUACAGCAGUGAACUAUCAUAACACAGCAUGGUUAAACACCAUCACAGUCAAAUAAUGAGUGUUGAAAUUUUAGAAAAAUGCAUUUCCUUUUCUGUAUUUUUAUGUGUAUAUUUUGUUACAUAUGUGCAUAAAAAGUAGC